AUGCCGAGCAAGUAUUCACACGGCGUCGUACUGGCGACAUACUCCAGUCGUGGUAUCAUCAGCUCACCCAAUGACGAACAACUGGAUUAUCUGAGGUCAUUUAGACUUGAUUCGCCAACCCCUACAAUCGAUCAACCAGGUUUCGCGGCAAGUGGAAGAGCCCCUUUGGCUCCACCGAUUGACACUCAUGGUCCAUCACCCCCUGCGUCGAACAGAACGUCAAAGUCAUGGAGAAAUCGUUCCAGACCUGUGUCAAUGAGCGAAACGAUUGGUCUCCAAUCUCGGAAUGGAGCAGCGAACGACUAUCAGACGCUCGGCGGACCUCACGACAUCGCCCUCAGACGUCGAUCCCGUACUCUCAUUGUCGACAGCGAUGAGGACGACGUUGAGGACGACUUCCGUAGCCAAAAAGUUCUGGGCUGUGCACCCACUUCGCCGGCAGCGAGUGCGCCAAAGGGCGCUCGUCUAUCAUUCCCUUUCCGCCUGGCUUCACCGACCUUGAGUCCGAUGCGGCAGCCACAGUCUUCGCCAGGUACGUGUGGUCGGCCGGCCGGUACUGGCGUGGGUUUCACGCAAUUGGUACGGAAGAAUGUGCAGUCUCUGCCCACGCAGAAGUAUGAAUUGGAGAGUGAUCAAGGCGAUCAAGCUCGAUCUCCUAGACCACGCAGUUUGGUUCUACAUACCUCAUCAGUAUCUCGGAGCGAGGAUUUUGCUGAGCCACUCCUCUCUAUCCAGGAGUUCUUAGGGUUUCCGGCGCAUCUCAAACAACAAGAGCUCGUUGCGGUGGGGGAGCUUGGGGCACCUAGCAGAGAACAAGCGUCUGCAUCCACUCUGGGCACUGCAUCACCUACACCCGGAGUCGGGGGCGUCCCGCCGGACCUUUCAGCAUCUCCAACCUCUCCGUCUCACAGACGUGGCCACGUCGCCUUCACUGACACGUCCGACGAUGAGGAUGAUGGCAAUGUCCGGAGCGAACACCAUCUUGAACCCUUCGUAGAAGCGAAGUCCUUUUCUGCAUUGGAAACUCAGAAUGGUGCCCAUAGGCAUGCCAUCCUCGAUCUGACAGAAGAAGAGCCGCUCGAUACCAACGGCAAGCUACAUACUGUCCCUAGACCUGCGACCCCAGACGAAGACGCCACCCCCCUGCCAAGUUCGAAUCAGCAGGACGGAUCUAUUGAAGAAGCAUACUUUGGCCGUUCCGAUGACGGUAAUGAAGGGCCGAUGCUUUGUCUUGAAGUUCAGCCGGGACGUGUAGAUCCUGUUCGACAUGACGACAAGGCAGCUCCGCAAAAUAGUGCAGUAUUGGUACCCAACCAGGACAGACUCAACACUCAUGUAGCAGACACGCCUGUUGAGCCUGACUUCUCUCACUUCCUUGACGGCGAAGAGCUAGGCGACCCGAUGGACGGCCCUCUCAUCGAUGGCUACCUUAAGGACCGAUCUUACCAGGCAGCUGACAAGGACAUCCUGAGCCAUGAGGUGAUACCCAACGUUUCGGUCUCGAGUUCGCCUCACUCGACUCGAAGCGAUAACGACAGAGCGCCAGAACCGUCCACCCCAGUCAGACAACGGAUGGUGUCUUUCGGGAGUCGCGAGCACAAUGCCACAAUAACGGUAGGACGCGCUACAUGCGCUACUGGUGAAACGGGACCACUACCACCCGCAGGGUCGACUACAUCUCCGCCGCUGGGUCGAGAGAAAUACAUUCAGAAGCUCAAGUCUGAAGAGGAGAUGAGAAUGCAGAACCCCACGCCAAUUCCGUCACCAGCUGCGUACAAGGCCCGGCACAAGCUGACAGGCUCGCAAUCCAGCCGUGCGACACAGACCAGCAUCGCUCUCUCCAACAUCGGCAUGCCCUCCGUUGUGCGGUCACCGCAACAGAAGAAGCAGAAGCAGAAACAGAAGCAAGUGGACGCAUCGCCAAAGCCCAAGUCACCAAGACCGUCGAACACGCGGCAAAAGACAGACCCCGUAGAAAAGUCCAGGAGAUGGUGGCGAGACUCUCACUCCCGGCCUGCCAGUUAUUCGAACCCAGCCAACCCAAGUGGUGACGCUAGCGCUGUUGCUGCCAGGAUCCACGGCGGAGAUGAAAGCAGCCACAUCAGGACACUCCCGACCGCGCGACUCUACGCCGAUCUCUCUUCUGAAUUUGAGUCGCCACCCACAUCCGUGACACCAAGAUCUCAGACCGCCAAUCGGAGAUCCCAGCCAGCGACACCGCGUCGCAAUCUCAUGAUCGCAUUCGACGACAUCUCAGUGGACCACAGUAUAGAGUCCGAACCGGAUCUCUCCGUCUCGUACGCCGACGACCUAGACGAUCUCGCCAAGCGGGCGCCCCAGGGGCCCGAAGACGACGAAGAAGAAGAAGAGAGAGAAGGAUAUCACAGCGCUCCGGACUCGGACUCGAACCUCGACGCUGCGCUCCCUCCACCAGAUAUAUCCCGCCACCCGCCGCUCGACAGAGAUAGCCCCCACUCCACCAGAACCAGACCCGAGCCUCACCGAAGUCUAUCCUCCCCUACGAGCCGAUCAUGGCGGGCGAAGCUGAAGACAACAAGGAAGACGAAACGGAAGCCGAUGUCAAAACCCGAGGCCGAGCCUCAGCCUGUCUCUACGAGUAUAUCGACGCCAGAUGAUCGUUCCACAGACAUAGUCCUGCGUUUUCUGGACCCGGAUCAACGGCCGCGAAGCAGCAGUGGCCUUGGGCCAAGGAGACAACGACCACACGCUGUACGUGCCAACACCGAUGUAGGUGCAGGUACAGGCCCUACAGGUCCAGGCAAAACCACCGGCAUCGCUCGCCUCGAAGCCAUAAUGGAACGGGCGGAGGAAGAGGCGCGAGCGAACCGGAAGAAGAAGGGCAUGAGCGGCCUUUGGCGACGUUUCAAGCGAAGGACGUAG